GGAGGAAGAGCAGAGGAGGAGCAGCAGAGACGCAUUUCUGAAGAUCACACUGCACUUCCUGAGGAGAAUGAAGCAGGAGGAGCUGGCUGAGCGUCUGCAGAGCAGAACUCGUGCUGCAAAGUGUCGACGUAAACUCAAGUCUAACCUGGAGAAGAAGUUCCAGUGUCUGUUUGAGGGGAUCGCUAAAGCAGGAAACCCAACCCUUCUGAAUCAGAUCUACACACCGCUCUACAUCACAGAGGGAGGGACUGCAGAGGCCAAUGAUGAACAUGAGAUCAGACAGAUUGAAACAGCAUCCAGGAAACCAGACAGACCAGAAACAACAAUCAGACAAGAAGACAUCUUUAAAGCCUCACCUGGAAGAGAUGAACCAAUCAGAACAGUGAUGACAAAGGGAGUGGCUGGCAUUGGGAAAACAGUCUUAACACAGAAGUUCACUCUGGACUGGGCUGAAGACAAAGCCAACCAGGACAUACACUUCACAUUUCCAUUCACUUUCAGAGAGCUGAAUGUGCUGAAAGAGAAAAAGUACAGCUUGGUGGAACUUGUUCAUCACUUCUUUACUGAAACCAAAGAAGCAGGAAUCUGCAGGUUUGAAGAGUUCCAGGUUGUGUUCAUCUUUGACGGUCUGGAUGAGUGUCUGCUGACAAAGACAGGAAUUAUCUCACCGACCAAUCAGAAUGCAGUCCAGUACAUCAAGGAGAAGAUCAGUGAGAAUGUCUUGAGUGACUGUAACCUGUCAGAGAGAAGCUGUGCAGCUCUGUCCUCAGUUCUCAGCUCCCAGUCCUCUAGUCUGAGAGAUCUGGACCUGAGUAACAACAACCUGCAGGAUUCAGGAGUUAAGCAGCUGUGUGCUGCACUGGAGAGUCCACACUGUACACUGGAAACUCUCCUACUGUCAUCAGGAAAAGAUCUGGACGUGUUUGACCUGAAGAAAUACUCUGCUUCAGAGGCGGUUCUUCUGAGGCUGCUGCCAAUGGUCAAAUCCUCCAACAAAGCUCUGUUGAGUGACUGUAACCUCUCAGAGAGUAUUUUCUAG